AUGGUGACAGAUGGCAGAGCAAGAGCCAAAGAGAGUGCACUGUACUCAACCAGCAGAGAGGAUGACCCGAGUCAGUCAAUAUCAAGCAACAGCAGCAGCAGGAUCAACAGCAGCAGCAGCAACAGCAGCAGCAGGAUCAACAGCAUCAACAGCAUCAACGGCAGCAGUGUUGGAAACUCUUCGGGUCGUCAGACAAAGUGUUCUUUGUACCCCAGAGAUAGUCUGUGUUCCACACAGGAGAGUGGUGAGCACAGCACAGUAUCACGCAGCACCUCUGUGUACUCAACAGACAGCGGCUGUGGUGUCCUCCAGUGUUUUACCAACAGACUUACCCUAAUACGCCAUUCCUCAGGAGAAGCAGACAAAUGCACUGACCACUUCUCCUAUUUACUAGCAAACGAUAAUGAGUAUCUUAAUUGUCUCCACGACAUGUUAAGUAACUAUAACAUGAUGUGUUCCGUAACUCCUCCACAUAUUCGCCAGCAUCUAGAUGUAUUCUUUCUACAUAUGGAAACAUUGUAUCAGUUCCAGAUUGCGUUACAUGGUUUAAUUAAAGCAACAGGUGGCAACGCAGCUGAGUUAUCGCAGGUGUUUACAAAUGACCAAUUCCAGCUGUACAGUCGUUGUAUGAUCAUGACUCCAAAUGCCCUUAGAGAUUUUAGUCGAUAUUCGGCUUACUUCGAGGAGCAUUUCCCUCAUCUUAAGAGGAACUUACUGAAGCCGUCUAUGAGGAUCAACUUUUACGUGAUGAUGCUGGAUACUUUUAAAAACGGAGCUUCGGAGAAAGAGAAAGUUGACUUGGAGUCUGCCCGAGACUACCUGAAUCAGCUGAAGCGAGAAGCCAACACUAUCAUGACUGUUGCUACAGUAGUUAAUAGUCCACUUGAUCUUAGACUAGGUGGGGAAGUCUUGCAGUUAGGAGAGCUUCUCUGUCUCGGUGGUGGCUCACUUCAGAAGAAAAAAUAUAAUAUAAUAUUAUUUGAACACUUGCUGGUUAUUACAUCGUCAAAGAUGGAUUAUUUUAAGUACAAAACUCAUUAUAGGGCGGAGCGGUUAGAGGCCGUAGAGAGCGCAGGGGACCAGGAGCUAGUACUCCACGCUUUCACAGAGGGACAACAUCAACUGGUUACCAUGAGGUUCAAAGCAAAAUCCACGUUCCUAAGAGAUGAGUGGGUUAAGGGGCUACAUAAAAUAAUACCUCGCAACGAUACAUCUAGUCAGAGAGAAGGUAAACAAAGUGAUACCUUCUCUACGCAAGUUCACUCGCAGAUGUUCCCAUUGUACCUCUUCUCUGAGUACCCACACUUGUCCUCGGCCAUGGUACAACAGGACUUUGUGAAUGAGAUUCCAAAAUUAUCAUCUGUUGAAGAGUCUUGCCUAGAGAUGUUUCUCGAGGAGAAAGCUUACGUACGCCAGCUGUCCUCUCUCUUGAACCCCGAGGCCAUACUGCCUCCUGAGACACUUUGCUCCCUUUUAGAAAAAUUAUACCAAUUACACAGCAAGAUUCUCCUUCCAUAUCUAGAUAGAUCACUCAAUAUAUAUAAUAUUUUCAGAUUAUUCUUUGAAAAUAUUGACUCGUUCAGUAUCUACGUCGAUUAUCUUGUAGUUCGUAGUCAAGUAAUUUCACAGUUUAAUUCCUCUGAGACUCGCCUCUACAUCUCACCAGUUCAACAUUUGACCUUUUACUUGAUAUGGCUACAACAGUUAUGUAGAUACCCAGACCUUAAAGAGUCAGCCCAAAAGAUUCUAGACCAUUUUAAAACCUACGUAAAGAAGGCUCAGAUACGACUCCUGACAGAUGCCAUCAGCAAUGCUAGAAUAGAUUUCUACAGAAGCGGGAAUAUCCUCCGUCACGACAGAAUGGAAGUGAAGACUCGCAAGAAAGAACUUCGUGGAGGACUAUACUUAGCGUUGCUCUUUGAGAAUAUUAUCCUGCUAACCAAGCCCAAGCCUCCCUUUUAUGAAUAUGCUUGGGAUAUAUGGCUGGAUCAGGUCAACCUGGGACCUCCUACCAACUCCGACGUGGUCUUCAAGUUAGAAGUUCGUCAGGGUGGAGGGAGAGAACCUGUUACAUGUGAGUUUAGGGUUGCCAGCCCAGCCAUCAAGCAAGAGUGGCUCAAGUGCAUGCAACAGCAAAUGUUGCAACAAGCACAGAAGAUACGCCAGCGAACAUCGGCUGAUUUCUGAUUAUUAUAAUCAUGGGGGAGCGCUGAACCCAUAGGAUUAUACAGCGUCUAUAGGGAGAAGGGAUGGGAAGGUAUGCAGACUUAAUUCAGGAAACAGGAGCACAGAUCCAAUUCCAUAGAUCAAGAGCCCCUCACGAGCCUCGCGGAACCUCACUUGAGGGGUAGGCUGAUUUCUGAAAGCCUCUCUCUCUCGUCAACAUCCUGAAGCAUCACGGUAGACGUGUCACUGACUUGAGAAAAUAUACCUGGAGACAAACACAAUGUAAACAAAGACUCGGUCUUCGUUUGAGAUCUUCAUCAUGAUCUUUGAACACUUAAUCUACCUCAAAACUACAUCUGUACUGCUUCUGCUGCCUCUGUAUUCGACUGAAGAAGCCUACUGUGUAGGCGAUAUGUUUAUGUUGCAUUAAUUAUGUGCAGUAUUGACAAACAUAAGUGAGAUUUCACGUGUUUCACUUGCGUAUCUCCAUUGUGGAGACUUUUCACAUGCUCUAUAGGUUUCUUCAGUCAGCAAAAUAUAGACUGUGGAAACAGUGGAGAGGUAAUGAGGUGGUUAGUCCUCAACCUUCUAGUAGUAGUCUGGGGUAAUCAGUCCCUCAGCCUUGAGUUGUCAGUCCAGCAGUCUUGAUAAAAGUCAGUUUAAACCUUUAUAAAAAAGUCUACCUUGUGGUAUACCGGCAAGGUAAACUUCCCGUGGGAAGCUUACCUUGUGUACAUUCUUACAAAGACGUUGACUUCCUAUUGCUUAUAAUCAUACAUUAGGCAGGUACACAGUGAAGGAUAUGGAAGGAUAUACAUGACACAGCCUGUGUACCAUGGAUAAGGUACAAAUGGCACAAUACCAUGACUGGAACAAUGCAGAAAUUACCCACAACUAGAGGAACUUAAAACGACAUUUCGGCCCUACUUAGACCAUUUACGAGGGACAUUUUUACUUGCCAAAUGGUCCAAGACGGAACGAGAAGAUGCGAGUGAUGUAUAUACCAUGGAUAACGUUGGUUAAUGGGGUUUCAAGCCUAUCAACUACACCAUGGUAUGGUUUUAAACCAAUAAAUUACAGUCCUUUUCUCCUAUAAUAGAGAUUAAUGUGAGCUCUUUGUAUACCCUCUCAGGGUAUACAUCCUCUGUAUCCAGGGAUACCCUGUAUCCACUCAUUUCCAGCCCUGAAAAUGCUUUAAAACACGUGUUAAACCAGUCUUAGUGGUUUAAAGCUCGGGUUUAAAUGUAUCUUAUCACUUAAGAAUUUUAGUGAGUUGUUAUACAAUUAUACAGUUUUGACUUACACCACCACUGUGUGGACUUACACCACCACUUGUUGACUUACACCACCACUGUGUGGACUUACACCACCACUGUGUUGACUUACACCACCACUGUGUUGACUUACACCACCACUGUGUUGACUUACACCACCACUGUGUGGACUUCACCACUGUGCUGACUUACACCACCACUGUGUUGACUUACACCACCACUGUGUUGACUUACACCACCACUGUGUUGACUUACACCACCACUGUGUUGACUUACACCACCACUGUGUGGACUUACACCAACUUCACUGUGUUGACUUACACAACUACUGUGUUGACUUACACCACCACUGUGUUGACUUACACCACCACUGUGUUGACUUACACCACCACUGUGUUGACUUACACCACCACUGUGUGGACUUACACCACCACUGUGUUGACUUACACCACCUUCACUGUGGUGACUUACACCACCACUGUGUUGACUUACACCACCACUGUGUGAACUUACACCACCACUGUGUUGACUUACACCACCACUGUGUGGACUUACACCACUACUGUGUUGACUUACACCACCACUGUGUUGACUUACACCACCACUGUGUGGAUUUCACCACUGUGUUGACUUACACCACCACUGUGUGGACUUCACCACUGUGUUGACUUACACCACCACUGUGUGGACUUACACAACUACUGUGUUGACUUACACCACCACUGUGUUGACUUACACCACCACUGUGUGGACUUCACCACUGUGUUGACUUACCACCAC